AUGGAAGGAAGGAAUGUUCCACCUAAUACACAUUCCUUAUAUCAGCAAAUCAGCUCUGACAUGGAAGUUAUAUUCGGGAUUUUCCUUUUAGGACUUGAUAUUUUGACUAACCAAACAUCAGACUCACCAAAACAGAGCAGCUGUUUGACGAAUUUGACAUCAAUUGUCGAUGAAACUGGCAAACUUGAAUUUGAUUGUAGCUCUCUAGAUACUACUGAUUCAGAAUAUGAAACUGACGAUGUUGAUGGACCUUCGUCUACAGCAACUACAAAAGGACAAAACAAAGAUGAAACUGAUGAAGGUGAUCCAAAAUAUACAUGUUCACAUUGUGGUGCAAUGAUGUGGUUGAUGGAAGGUGAUGAUUCAAAAAGCAAGCAUUUCCAGAAGAAUAUGAGACCUUAUAACAUGAUUUUUUCAUUUACUUCACUUGGUGGGAAAGUAGAGAGAUCUGCUCAAAAGGGAAAAGGACCACCAAUGUUGGUUCUACAAGGUGAAAAUCAUCAUCUGAUCGGCAGCUUAACUCCUAAUAAUGACAGUCAAGCAAAGUUCGGACAGCUUUACAUAGCUGACACAGAAAAUGAAACCAAUAAGAAGGCUAAUCUGAGGAAAGAUAUUAUUGAGAAGUUGAUGAAGAUGUUGGAUGAAGUGAAUCCAUGUGUUAAGAAGUUUAGAACAGCGAGAGGUCGAUUUAAAAUACAACCAGAAGAUUCAUUUCAUAUGAGGAUUGUAAGUGAUCGAUCUAAGGAUGGGAGGACAUAUAAUACUCCCACAGCUUCUGAAGUUGCUGCUCUCAUACCAGGAGAUUUAUCUCUAGAUAUGGAUAACAUGGAUACUGUACUACAACAAAAAUCAGGAAACCUACUGCGAAUAAGCGAGAUACAUGCUUCUUAUCUUGCCAUUCAAUACCCUCUGUUAUUUACUUACGGAGAAGAUGGAUUCAGACUUGGUAUCAAGAAAGGUGUAACAAAAGCUACAAAGAAACAAAAGAAGCCUAAUAUAAGUAUGCGGCAGUUCUUUGCUUUCCACCUUCAUGAACGUAAGAAUGAGUCUCAUUCUCUGUUGCAUUCGAGAAGACUAUUUAAGCAGUCCUUGGUGGAUGCCUACACUACUAUAGAGUCUAAUCGGCUACGCUAUCUGAGAUUUAAUCAACCUACUUUGCGAUCUGAUAGUUAUGACUCUAUCAAAGACUCUGAGAAUGCAGGAAAGGUUGAUAUGAGUGAUCAAGGAUCAGAGUUCGUGUCACCAGCUUCAUUCAUAGGGAGUCCUAGAUAUAUGAAGAAUCUUUACUUGGAUGCUAUGACCGUAUGUAAGAAUUUUGGAUUUCCAGAUCUUUUCAUUACUUUCACUUGUAAUCCGAAAUGGUCGAACAUCACAAGAUAUGUUAAGUCUCAGAAGGUAAAGGCAGAAGAUAGAUCAGAUAUUGUUUGUAGGAUCUUCAAGAUGAAGCUUGAUUCAUUGAUGGAUGACUUAACCAAAAAAAAUCUUCUUGGAAAGACUGUUUCAUCAAUGUACACAGUCGAGUUCCAGAAACGUGGUCUACCACACACACACAUUCUCUUAUUCAUGGAUCCUUUGCACAAGUUUUCUACAACCGAUGACAUUGACAAUAUCAUUUCUGCGGAGAUUCCUGAUAAAUUGGAAGAACCUGAGCUUUAUGAAGCGUAUCCUAAACCAUUUGCUGAGAAUACCACUAUUAAUAAAGAAGGAUUUCCCGUUUUUACGAGGCGAGAACAGUCAGAGAACUUUGUCCUCAAGAAUGGAUUGAAAUGUGACAAUCGGUUUGUUAUUCCAUAUAACAAGAGACUAUCUCUAUGUUUCCGAGCUCAUAGUAAUGUGGAGUGGUGCAACCAAGAUGGAUCUAUCAAGUACUUAUUCAAGUACAUAAAUAAGGGACAAGAUCGUGUGACUAUUGCCGUGGAACCGCCAGAUCACAUUGUCUCUAACGAGUUGAGCAAUGAAGAGAUUACUAUGGAAAAUAUAGAAAAGAAAAGAAAUGAACUGAAGUACUUUUUCGAUUGCAGAUAUGUGUCUUCUUGUGAAUCAGCUUGGCGAAUCUUCAAAUUUCCUAUUCACUAUCGAUCAACUGCUGUCGAGAAGCUUAGUUUUCAUCUACCAGGAAAACAAGUGAUUACUUUUAAGGGAAAUGACAAGCUGAAAGCAGUGAUCAGUUGUAAGCUCAUUAAAAAUACAAUGUUCUUAGCAUGGUUCGAGUUGAAUAAAAUCGAUGAGUUUACAAGAACACUAACUUAUGCUCAGAUUCCUAUCUUCUAUAUCUUUGACAAGCGGUCUAAGAAGUUCAAGAAGUGGAAAAGAGAUUUCUGUUUAGGAAGAAUAAAUUAUGCUCCUCGGAAACAAAAAACCGCUUAUUUCUUGCGCAUAUUGUUGAACAUUGUCAGAGGGCCUACCAGUUAUGAUGACAUUAAUACCUUUGAGGGAGUUCUCUAUCCUGAAUACAAAGAUGCGUGUUUUGCUCAUGGAUUAUUAGAUGAUGAUCAGGAGUACAUUGAUGAUCUUGUAAGGAGAAGCUACGAAUGCUCUGCAAGUGAUCUAGGAGAGGUGUUUGUUAUUAUGCUUAUGAGAUUAUUGUUGAGUGACGACGACAAAAAGAAGUAUGCUUUACUAGAGAUUGAGAAGCUCUUGAGAUGUAAUGGUACGUCUCUACCAAGAUUGACGAAGAAGCCAAAGCUGCCAAAGACAAAUGAGCAAAAGGAAAUUUAUGAUCGGAUCCUUGCUGCUGUGAAUGAAAGAAAUGGUGGAAUGUUUUUUGUUUAUGGAUUUGGUGGAACUGAUAAAACCUUUCUCUGGAAGUUAUUUUCUGCAGCUAUUAGAUGUCGAGGACAUAUUGUUCUAAACGUUGCAUCAAGUGGCAUUGCUUCUUUAUUACUACCUGGUGGUAGGACUGCUCAUUCAAGAUUUGGUAUUCCAUUAAAUCCAGAUGACUUUUCAUUGUGUACUAUGGAGCCUGGAACUGAUCAAGCUAAUUUGGUAAAAGAAUCCUCACUUAUUAUAUGCGACGAAGCGCCGAUGAUGGGCAAACAUUGUUUUGAAGCUUUGGAUAGGAGCUUAUCUGAUAUAGUUGGGAAGCAUGCAAACCACCCAUUUGGUGGAAAGUUUAUUGUCUUCGGGGGUGACUUUAGGCAGGUUCUUCUUGUUAAAAACAGAGCUGGUAGGGCUCAGAUAGUCUUUGCUUCUCUGAAUUCGUCAUAUCUUUGGGAGUACUGCAAAGUUCUGAAGCUCACCAAGAACAUGUGUUUGUUAUCGAAUGGUUUGUCACCAGAAGAGGCUGCAGAUCUUAGGGAUUUUUCGGAUUGGAUAUUAAAAAUUGGAGAUGGUAAACUUGCAGAGCCUAAUGAUGGUGAAGCGGAUAUAAAUUAUGUUGAUUUUUAUUAG